CUAUAUAAAACCUUUAAAUCAAUUAAAACCUGACUUUAUGUUUGUUCGUAUCGACUUUGAAAAAGUCAGACGACAAUUCUUCUCCAUCUUUCUCUUUCUCUGUGACUUUACGCGAAGGCUUGUUCAGCACGCCUCUGUUUUACAUUCCUCCAAACUUAAAGAUAUUGAAGAGAGGAACAUACUGCAAACAUGGAGACAUGGUUUUUGAUCAUUGUAACAGCUUGCAUUGCAGCUCUGCUUAAGGCUUUGGUUUCCUUGGUGGUGUCUAAAUCUAAACCAAAUAUUCCUCCGGGACCUCGUGGUUUUCCCAUCAUUAGUCGUAUCCAAUGGCUAGGGAAAUCAUCCACAGAUAUGGAAGCAGCCCUCAGGAGACUUUGCUCCAAAUUUGGGCCAAUUGUCUCCCUGCCUAUUGGUCGAUAUCCUGUCAUCUUUAUUUCCAGCCGUACUUUGGCUCACCAGGCCUUGGUUCAUGAUGGGGCUGUGUUUGCUGAUCGUCCUAAGCCUCUGCCUACUAGUGAGAUUAUUACCAGUAACCAGCAUAAUGUCAGUUCAGCUAGUUAUGGUCCGAAUUGGAGACUAUUCAGGAGAAAUCUUACUGCUCAGAUCCUUCAUCCUUCCAAGGCUAAAGAAUUUGGUCAUGCCAGGAGUUGGACUCUUGAAAUCCUGCUUAAUAGUCUCAGGGCUUCCAGUGGCCAAGAUCAUGCUGAUGCUGUCAAUGUGAUGGAUCAUUUUCGCUUUGCCAUGUUCUGCCUGCUUGUGUUCAUGUGUUUUGGGGAUAAGUUGGAUGAAUCCCAGAUCAAAGAGAUUGAAGAAAUUCAGUACCGGUUACUGACAUCCUUCAAUCGCUUUGCAGUACUUAAUUUAUGGCCUUCAGUGACUCGGAUUUUGCUCCGCAGUCGUUGGAAUGAGCUUAUCAACAUGAGGAACAAACAGGAGGAGAUUUUAUUUCCUAAAAUUAGAGCAAGGAAACGUCUGUUAGAAGAGGCAAAAAUCCCUGAUGAUCAGAGCAAAAGAUUGGUCACUUGUUACGUGGAUAGCUUGUUGAAACUGGAAGUCCCAGAGGGGGACAGCAAGAGAAAGCUGACUGAGGAGCAACUGGUGAGCUUUUGUUCUGAGUUCCUUAAUGCCGGAACUGAUACUACCUCAACAGCCUUGCAGUGGAUUAUGGCCAAUCUUGUCAAAUACCCGAAAAUUCAGACUAAGCUUUUUGAGGAAAUCAAAGGAGUUGUUGGAGAAGAAGCUGCAGAAAUUGGAGAAGAUGAACUGUCAAAGAUGCCUUAUCUUAAGGCUAUAGUGUUAGAGGGACUGCGAAGGCAUCCACCAGGUCACUUUGUUCUUCCACACACUGUAACCCAAGAUGCAGAGUUGGGCGGAUACACAGUACCUAAAAACGCAGUCAUAAAUUUUAUGGUUGCUGAUAUUAAUUUGGAUCCUGAGGUCUGGGAGGAUCCGAUGCAAUUCAAGCCUGAGAGAUUCCUGACAGCAGAAGGGAGCUGCGAAGAAUUUGAUAUUACAGGAAGUCGUGAAAUAAAGAUGAUGCCUUUUGGUGCAGGCAGGCGGAUUUGCCCAGGACUCGGCUUGGCUAUGCUUCAUCUGGAGUAUUAUGUGGCCAAUUUAGUUUGGAACUUUGAAUGGAAUGCUGUGGACGGUGAUGAGGUGGAUUUAUCUGAGAAGCAAGAGUUUACUACUGUGAUGAAGCAUCCACUCCAAGUCCAUUUGUCUCCGAGGAAAAAGUAAAUAAGCAGCCCUUCCUUUUAUUUUUGAUCUUGCUUGAACCCCAUUUAUUACCUAUAAUUUAUAUAUUGCAGUUUGCAACUUUGCAGUUUUGCAGCAUUGUAAUUUUUCUUUAUCUCAGCUGUCUUUGUAUUCGAAUAUUGACAUGUCUAUGGAAUAUAAAUAAAUCAUAUUAAUCUCUCA